AUGUCUCUUCGACUCUCGGAAGCCACUCUUGAAGACAUGCACGAGAUGCAGACGGUGGUUUUCGCGGCUUACUCAAACUAUCCUUUCGCUCGCCUGGUGGUCCCGGAAAUUGGGACAGAAUCCAUAGAUAUUAUCGAGAAAGGAAUACAAAGCGCAACAGGAAGAUCCAUUAGAUUGUGGAAAGCAAGCUCCACGGAGUAUUGGAUAAAGAUUGUGGAUAGCGAGACGGGUAGCAUCGUCGGUGUUUCACGAUGGCAAAUAUACAAAGAGUCUCCAUUUACAAAUGGUGCUCCGCAUGUUGAGGCGGAGUGGUAUCCAGUGGGGUCUCGAAUCAGAGAAUACUGCACCUACCUCAUGAACCAUCGACUUAAGCGUCAAGCCAAUCGAUGUAACUUGCCUAACAUAUGGCUCAACAUGAUCUGUACCCACCCCAAGUAUCGUCGUCGUGGAGUCGCUGCCCUCAUGAUGCAAUGGGGCGUUACAAAAGCCGAUGAGAUAGAUCUCGAAAUGUUUGUUGAAGCAAGUUCUGAUGGAACUCAUUUGUAUCGCAAUUUCGGCUUUGUUGUGGUCGAGGAAUUGUCAACGCCAAGACCAAAAGGAGAGUUGGAUGAGGAAUGGAAGACGCUGGAGGCGGAGUACCCGUUUGAAGCGACUUGGAUGUGGAGACCUAAGCAAGGAAUACAAUCGAAGUAUUGUCUUAAGUGA